AUGGAGGAUAGGAUCAAUUCUAAUAAUCUUUCAAUAUUCAAUCAUUCGUUCAAGAAUAUUAAGUUCCAAUCCGUUGAAGAAAUCAAAAAUGAUGAACUCUAUAGGAAUAUUCAUGAACUAGAACUAUUUAUUGAUUAUUCAUUAAACAAAAUUGAUGAAAUGAAAGCUGAGGAGGGAUUAAGGUCAUUAUUAGAUGUGCUCUAUUCAAACCAGUUAUAUGUCUUUAAUUUAGGAUUAGAUCUAGGGAGGGACAUCAAACUUAGAGCUGAAGCCAUGGAUAGACUCAUCUUGGAACCAAUGUUUCGGUUUAUUAGUUAUUUACUUUCAAUUGAUAAUGAUAUUCGUUUUGAGACUUUUGAUAGGUUCAUUGAAAAAUCAAAACCCAGUUUAAUUUGGGAUUCUUUAUCCUCUAUGGAUGAUGAUUUUGGAUCAUACCCUAAAAACCUUAGAGAUGAAGAAAUGUUUCAUUCACAUAUAUCAGAUUUUUCACUUAAUUUAUUUGAUUCAAAUUGUUCAAGAAUACCAAUAUGUGGGAUUGAUAUAGAAGGUUGGGAGUUUUCAAAAAUACUUGAAAAUAAUAAUAAAAAAACUGAUGGUAAUUUUGCCAAUUUAUCAAAAAUUUUCCGUCAAGUUGCUCCAUUUCAAAUAUUUGGAAAAUUCAAUAGUUAUAUAAUUAGUAAUUUCAAUAAUACUAUAUAUCUUGAAUAUCCAUUAAAAGAUGGUAAAUGGGAAAGUGAUAAUGAAGAAGAUGUGUUCAUUGCUGGUGCUCCUGUGAGAUAUAAAUUAUUUGAUAAUAAUGCUGAUACACCAGCUGAUUCUUUUUCAAUUCAGCUUUCGUUGUUGUUGAAAAUUUAUGAUACUAUUAGAAGAAAGUUAUGUACAGAUUCAUGGUUAAAAGAUUCAAAUGGUGAUGAUUUAUUAAACCAAGGAACAUAUAGAUCAUUGGAUGAAGGUUGGAAUGAAAAAAAAUUCAAUCCAUUUGUUAUAUCACAAUUUAAUCACGGGUUUAAAAAAAAUGUUGCAUUGAAUAAAAUGGAAAUGUUACAAGAGGAGGAAAUAAAAGAUUUUAAAAACACGAGGGCUUCAAAAAGGUUAAAACUGCAAAAAGAAUCAGAAGGUGAUAAAAUUUUUGAUUCAACAAAACUUUUCCCAACUAAUGUCAGUUUGAAAACUUCAAAUUAUGAAUUAUUAGAACAAUAUUCAUACUUUAGAGGUAUAAAACUUAUUAUUGAUCAAACUUCCAUAUUUAAAAGUAAUACGUCAAACAUUUCGAAUAAAGUAUUCUUCAAAAUGUUUGAUUUAGCUAAUGUAAAAUAUCUUCAUUGGUAUAGAACUAUUGUUGGCAUGCCAUAUUAUGAAGAUGAAGCUAAAGAAUUUAAUCAAUCCGAAAUUAAUGUAUUGUUUACAUUAGAAGAUCAUUCUAAGAAUUUCAAGCACAUUUUGGAAAAUAUAAAAGAAAGUUAUAUUAAAGAAAUUACAGCUUUGAAAAAGAUUAAUCAUUGGAAUUCAACACAUGGGAAAUCAGAUCAUAUUAAUACACCUAAUUUACUACAAUAUGGAUGGACUAAUCUUGAAUUGUUAUCAUCAGAAGGAAAAUUAAAAUAUUCUUAUUGGGGGCCAUUCAUUUGUACAGAAUGUCUUGAAUUUAUAAAUGAUAAUGAAUAUGAAAAAAAUUCUCAAAGGGAAAAGAAUUUGAAUGAACAAAUUAAAAUUCUUUAUAAAUCUGGGAUUGAUCAUAAUGAUAUAAGGAAGUAUAAUUAUUGUUUUGAUGAAUAUGAUAAUGCAUAUUUGGUCGAUUAUGGACAAAGUAUUAUUGAUGAUAAUCGAUAUCUUGAGAAUUAUGAUCUUCAAAAAAUUGAUCCAGAUGAAAAAUUUCUUUAA